CGACAGCUUGGUAGCUGGCGUCAGUCAACCCAGUCACGAUUGACCGCGUCUGACCCCCACACUGAAAUAGACUCGUCCAGUCAAUAAUACGUCAACAGUACACGGAAGACUCACUGUCAACAAACAUACCGUGUCAAAGGUCAAAGAAGGCACAAAUAUGCUGUUAUUACGGUGAAUAUUCUUUCCUAGAUCAUCUGCAAACCGUUAACGCCGUGUUCACUGUACCUAGCUUGUACAAGGAUGCGGAAAUAACAAAUCCGUCAACGUGAGCAAUGGGGGGUGCGAAGGACAGGUUGUGGUUCCUGUUGAACCGGAUGAAGAAGAAAAAGGUAAUCUCCGAGCACGACCACAGUACGGAGCUGAAGCGAUGUCUCACGACCACCCACCUCACCUUCAUGGGCGUGGGCUGCACGGUGGGGGUGGGAAUAUAUGUACUGGUGGGCGUGGCAGCUAAAGAAUAUGCAGGACCAGGUGUGUUGCUGUCCUUCCUCAUGGCCGGUUUAGUGACCGUCAUAAACGCUAUUUGUUUCGCGGAGUUCGGCGCAAGGAUACCCAAGACUGGUGCAACAUAUACCUACGUCUACGAGAGUGCCUCCGAGCUGCUGGCCUUCCUUGUGGGCUGGAUGACUCUCGUGGGUUACAUCACAAGUGGCGCCAUUGCAGCUAGAGCCUGGAGUGGCUAUCUCGACUCGCUCUUCAAUAACUACAUCCACGAAUCCACAGUCCAUACUCUCGGCAAGGUCACACUCGGACCGCCAUUUAGCGAAAGUCUGGACUUCCUGGCAUGCGCAUAUGAGAUCGUGGUGAUCGUAAUUAUCUCCCUUGGAGUCCAAGCCUCUGCUUUCAUCAGCACAGUGUUGGCGGGUGUGUCGGUGUGUGUGUUGCUGUUUGUCACCAUCAUGGGUCUGGUUAUCGGCGACUACAGGAACAUCACCAACACCGAACAUGGGGGAUUCUUGCCGUUUGGCAUCGGAGGGGUAAUGGCGGGGACUGCAGCCUGCUUCUACGCAUUUCAAGGCUUCAACAUCAUCUGUAUGUCAGCAGAAGAGUGCAAGACGCCUGGGAAAUCCAUCCCAAGAGCAAUAUUCUCAGAAUUACUGAUUGUAACCCUGCUGUACGUAGGGUCAUCCUGUGGACUCAUCCUCCUCGUACCGUACUCCAAAAUUGACAUUCGGGCACCUCUUCCAUCUGCGUUCGCUUACAAGCAUAUAGAGUGGGCGAAAUACGUGGUCAGUAUAGGCCCGACGUUAGGUAUCAGCAACCUUAAUAUCUUAAACCUAUAUAACAUAUCACGACAUGUAUACUGCAUGUCGAGUGACGGACUGUUCAUGAAGGCCUUCCUGAAGGUGAACAGAACCACCAAGGUGCCUGUCAGGGCCGCAGUGGUCAUGGGGCUCCUGGUAUCUCUAUUCGCCCUUCUCUUCGACAUUUCCAACCUUGUCAGCUUCAACGUCAUAUCUAUAUUUCUAAGUUUUGUUAUAUCAAACGGAAUUCUAUUACUUAGUAGGAGAGAGGAACGAAGUACUAGUUCAGAGGAUGCAGAAAACCGAAAUGUUAGAACGGACGAACGACCCCUACUGUCGAGUGAUGGACGAGUAAGUGAACCCAGAACAGGGUUUAGUGGCUUAGCGGACAGGAUAGGGUUGCUGUAUCUCGUGUGUCUUGUAGUGUUCACAUCUCUGGGUCUGGGACUUCAGCUUGUCAGUGGUAUUGACGACCUCCUCCACGGGCGUGUGUUGGCGUUCGUGUGUCUAGGACUUCUACUAGGGCUAUUAGUCUUCCUGUCCGUGCUGAUGUCAACGCAAACCGGGUCGGCUAAGCACAACGGCUUCAGUAUGCCGCUGGUGCCUUAUCUUCCAGUCCUGUCCAUCGUCAUCAACAUCGUGCUGUUGGCGGCGGCGGCCAACGUCACGGGGGUCAUCGGCUACGUCAUCCUUGUUGCUCUGGGUUUUGGGAUAUAUGUGGCGUUAGUUCUGUUCUCCACUACAUCCAGCGGACAGAACUCCUCCUCCAGCGUCGUUGAAGGUAAGCAUGAGGAGGAGACGUCGUUGAUGAACGCUCAGGACGACGACGACUACGACUAAUGUGACUGCUUGUCAUCGGGGUAUUGGAUCGGGGUUGGCAAGAAGUCGAGGGAACAUUUGAUGUGAUCGUGCAAAUGGAAUGGCUGGGCGCUCUAAAUGGUUACUGUCCUUGUCAUGACUUGUCCAGGAGCUUGAUCUAAACGAAGGCUGUUGUUUGUUUGUUAUUCAACACCCUACUCGGCGGUAUGACGUCGGUCUGUAACUGUAUAUGUCUUGACCAGCGGUCAUUUAAAUUAUAUGUCAACGUAUCUUGCCACAAAUAUGAUAUUUGAGAUUACACUUUGUCAGUAAAGUACAGAUUCUAGUACUUUUGUUGAGUUGAGAACCCACAUCAUGCCGUCGGAUAAUGAGAAAUGACUAUUCGGAUGUGCUGAGACCUAAGAACACUACUGUAUAUGGUGAAAUGUGUAAUGUGUUUGGUGUUAGUAAUGAGACCUGUUCCAGAGAUUGCUCAAUUAUAAGUCCUCCAGCUUGUUCACCGUCCUGUUCACACUUUCUGUCAAUUAUCAGAAUAUUUAGCACCUCCAACUCUCCCGUCAAGUGUGGCUGCAAUACUGUUGAUCUCACGUACAAUUGUAAUCUACCCUCCAUAACACCGUCGUGAAAAUGGGGCAGAGUUGUAACUGCAGCGUUCAUUUUUAUCCUCCUGAAUAUAUGGCAGCAGUAUUGUCAAAAACGUUUUAUCAUGUUCAUUAGAAUAUCUUCAUGAUAUUUUCGAUGAAUUUUGUCGAUGUACAUUUUAAGCGUGCUCAUCAGAAUAGCUUGACAAUAUGGCUGCAAUGUUGUGUAUGUGACGUACGGUUUUAGGUAACAUGUCAGGGUGGGCACAGUUGUAGGGCUUGGUUCGUUAUGUGAAGCAGUAUCAUGAAUGUGAAUUCGCUGCGUACAGAUCUGUACAUAUUCCUUAUAAUUGUAACAAUAAAUUAUUCUUUGACGAUGA